CAUUUACCUCGUCAAUAAUUACUUCUACAUCCAGGUUAUUCUUAACGAUUACAGUUUUUUUUUCAAUCGUUUCUACUGGCCGCACCGCGUCGCCCGACCAUUGUAGUGCGAAUGGUAAUUUGUGGUCGUAAACAUUGCGUUCGCUGAAUGGCGCUGCUGAGUGUUAUGUUUUACUCUGGGGCGUUCAUCGCGUGGUUUCUGGUCGUUUUCAAGUUUUACUUGAAACUGACGAGCGCUUGGUGCCUCAGCCAAACCUGUCUCGUAGGCAAAACGGCCCUCGUCACCGGAGCAAAUACAGGUUUGGGCUACGAGACCGCUUUGGACUUCGCCAAGAGGGGAGCCAAAGUGAUUCUCGCCUGCAGAAAUGAAGAAAAGGCCCGCAAAGCUUGCGAGAGGAUAAAAGAAGAAACGAGCAAUCCUGACGUUUAUUACAAGCUCGUCGAUUUUAGUAGUCUGCAAUCGGUACAAACUCUAGCCCAAAACAUUAACGCCACCGAGAAACGUCUUGAUAUACUGGUAAAUAACGCAGCUACCGGUUACGUGCCCAACCAAAUCACCAAAGACGGAAUCGAGAUCACCGUGCAAGUCAACUAUUUGUCCUCGUUUCUGUUAACCAUUUUGUUGCUAGAUCUUCUGAAGAAAACGGGCUCGUCCAGGAUAGUGAACGUGUCAUCGUAUGCUGCUCUGUUUGGUGACACGAACGUGGAGAAAAUGAACGAGUUCAGGCAGAACCAGUACGUGAAAUACGCCACCACCAAACUCUAUAUUAUAUUGUUCACGACAGAGCUUGCGAGAAAACUGGAAGGGACUGGAGUAACCACGUUUUCGGUUCACCCAGGUACUGCAGUCACCCAAAUAUACCGAAACGUGCCCGAUAUGGUUAGGAAACCUCUGGAGUUCGCACUCAACUUUUUGGUAAAGACUCCAAUCGAAGGGGCUCAGACACAGAUCUACUGCGGGGUUCAGAAGGGUAUAGAGCCUUACUCGGGAGAGAUUUUUCACGAGUGUCACGCGGUCAAUAGGUAUUUCAAUGCAAAAAAUCGCGCAGUCGCCGAAAACUUGUGGAAAAAAUCCGAGGAACUGAUCAACAUCGAACAGUUUCAUUGAAUAAAACGCGUUCGAGUUCUUGGCAAGCCUUGACGUAUAUUGAAUUUUUGAUAGGUUGUAGCUAAAUAAUAUAUUAAUAAAUAUUUAUUAUUAUUUAAAAAUCUUUUGUUGAUGAAUCGAAGUUGCUCAUGUUUCGCCAAUUAUCCGUUUGGCAUCACUAAAGAUUUGAAGAAGCCAACAGGGUGAUUGAAGAAACAUCAAUUCGAUUCAUCAAUAACUUGUUAAUGAUGUUAAUUAUUAAUGUUAGGUAUAUUUUGCCCAACGCCUAUAGUUUGUUGUUUAUCUGGGGUUGUUUUUAUUCUUUGGUGUAAAGCCAUAGGUUAUGACACGCAGUAUUUUGUAUGUCCUUUGGUCCUGAUUAUGCCUGCUAUCUUAAAUAUUUCAUAUAAACUGAUUGUAGAUUCAUUUAGUCAGAAUUUUUCGUUUUCGUGUAGUAUAUAUUUAGCAGUUUAGCAGAUGUAAUAUUGUGGUACCUGACACAUUGAUGAGAGUUUUUGUUUGUUAAUAAAUAGAUUUCUCACGCCGUUGGAGAAGAUGAAAAAACAAAGAACAGCAUGGGCAAUUUCAAUAUUUCGCUAAUUUGAAGAAAGUUGUAAUGUAAUAAUGAUAAGGUUCAUUUCAAUUGUGUUGAAAAAUAAUCUCUCAAUUAAACUGUAAAUGAAACACAUAAUUCAAUUUCAAUGCUCGACCUUUGAUAACAACCGAGUAACGUAUAGUUUAUUUAAACAGUUGCAAGUUUUAAAACAAAAAUAUUUUAUCGUAGUUAUCAGUUAAAUCGUUGAUACAUUUUUGUUAUGAAUUUCAAAUGUGUUUAUUUUGUUUGUCGCAAUCGGUUGUUUCUGGCGACAAACGAGCUGUUUUUAUUUUAUUUCAGCGGAUUUUACUUUUUAAAUGCGCGCCUUUGCGUUAAACGUCGGUGUUGGUUUGAUUCGCUACAAAAUUUCAGUUCUUUGUUUUACAGGUGCGAUUCAUAAUUUUAUGAAUGUUUUUUUGAAAUUUUAAUGUCUUAUAAAAGCUAUGAAAUAGGAAUUAAAAAUACGAAAAUACAAAUCACACAAUGAUGUAAAAAUAUAAUAUGUAAAAUAAUAUUAUUUGAAAUAAA